AGAAUCGAAGCCUGAGACGGAGACUCUGGGCGCCGAUGUCUGCAGCAAGGUCAGGGAUAUCAUCGCCCACGGUAACGCUGAAGAGCUGACAGUCAAGAAGAUUGUACGGCAGCUGAGCGCGGACUUGGGUCGCGACAUGUCGUCGCAGAAGAAGGCUAUCAAGGAGUUCAUCACGAACGACCAGGCGGAAAUUUAGACUGCACUUUGAAGUUUUGUUCAAUUCUUCACGGCAGCUACAGUAGUUCUAUACGAAUACUUGCUGCGUCCAAGCUUUUCAUGACCCAGAUCACACUUACGUGUGGCAUGAUAGCUUUUUGGAUGCAGCUUGGUAUUUUCUACAAUUUAAUGCCUUUUGAUGUC